GUCGUUUCCUUUGCCGCCUCAUUCGUUUUUCAAAUUCCGUUUGGUUCGGACGUUCGCGCGCAUUUUCUGCGAAAUACAAAAAAGCUCCAAUAAGACAAGAACAGAACCUGCUUGCAAAACGUGUGUCCCGGCAUUUGAUGCGCAAAAAUAUCCUCAAAUUCCAAGCAAAUUAAUUUGACAAGGUUCCGAAACUCCUUUUUGCACCACGCCCCCGCCUAUCGGUGUGUGCUUUUUUCUGUGUGUAUCCUGCCAUCAUCUCCUGUCGCCAGUGUGUGCGUGUGUGUCCCCAGAGGGUGUGUCUCCCCCGUCGCCAACGCCUUCCAACCGAAGCAAAUAAAUUCCAGCACAAAACCAAACAACAGAAAAACCUGACAGAAAAUGUCCGUCUCUUCGAAUGCCUCGUCAGCCUCGCGCAACGGCAGUGUGGAUGAUAGCACCACAACCAACACCACAACGACCACGACCAAUACGGACAGCUCCGAGCUGACGCACAUCCUUAAUCGCCGGCAGGAGAUCAUGGACUCCCAGGAGGCCGGCAUUGAUGUGCCACGCACCUACAAGGUGGUCAAUGUCUAUACCGAAUUUCACGAGUUUUCGCGCAAGCAAAUCAAGGACUACCAAAAGACCUUCAAUACCUAUGACACGGCUCGCGAUGGUUUCUUGGACCUAAAUGAGCUCAAGUUCAUGAUGGAGAAACUGGGUGCACCGCAAACCCAUUUGGGGCUCAAGAAAAUGAUUGCCGAAGUGGAUGAGGACAACGAUGGCAAGAUCUCGUUCCGUGAGUUUCUGCUGAUUUAUCGCAAGGCCCAGGCCGGCGAGCUGGACAGCGAAUCGGGUCUGAAUCAGUUGGCUCGCCUCACCGAAAUCGAUGUGGAUCAGGUGGGCGUCAGUGGUGCCAAGAACUUCUUUGAGGCGAAGAUCGAGCAGCAGCUGAGGACGAACAAGUUCCAUGAUGAGAUACGGCAGGAGCAGGAGGAUCGCCGUCGCGAGGAGGAGGAGCGUUUACAGCGCCGGCAGCAGUUCCAGCAGCGGGCGGCGAUUUUCCAAUAAAAAGAGCCUACCUCCCUCACCACCCCC